AUGGCAGAUGAUGGCACACUUAACUGUAGCAAAUGGUUCCAUACGACCGAUGCUGUUCCACAUUUCUUUGACUUCAGAUUUCACACUCUGGAGGAGCUUCCCGUGACCAUCGGCCGCCUGCAGAACCUGCUGGUUCUAAACCUGUGUAACAACCGUCUGACAAGCCUCCCCAGCGAGCUCGGCCUGCUGGCAAAGCUUCGCACGCUCUACCUGGGUCUCAACCAGCUGGAGGCGCUGCCCGCCUCCAUCGGUGAGCUGAAGGAGCUUCGCUACAUCGGUCUCUCUGACAACCGACUCACCCGCGUCCCAAACUGCCUGUCGAGGCUGAACAACCUGGAGAAGGUCAGCCUGGACAGGAAUCCCAUCGUCACCGAGCAGACACCCAGCCAGGACUCAGUCAUGACAACAGAGAGUAUUUUCGUGGUCACAGAAAGGUUUCUGUGUGAGGACUGCCAGAAGAAGUGCCUAACUGACAACAAGGCUGAGAUGUAG